AUGUCCGAUAACCAAGUGGUAUUUCUGGUUUUUCGCACUCCGUCAGAGUUGCCUAGAUCGGCCUUGCCCUUUCUUCUAGAAAAUAAUCAAGCAGUGAAAAACACCAUCAGAUUGAAACACCAACAAAAAAAUGAUGUAAAUGUUGAGAAGAAUGAUGAUAACAACGAGAAUGAGGUGACCAACCAUUCACUUGGGUCAUCAACGGCGUCGGGAUCGACCAGCUUUGACGACCUUGUGACAGUGGGGCUCGGAGUGGCCUUGCCCUUCAACGAUGGGGAGGGCAGAACCGGAGGGGAUAGUGAAAACAGAGGAAGAGGAAGCGAUGAUAAUGGGGGUGAUAUUUGGGACGUUGUGUUGCCGGUGAAAGAAUAUUAUUAA